AUGGUGGACGCGGGCGGCUGCCCGGCCGGGGAGGGCUGGAGGAGGAUGGAGGCCGCGCCCGACGGCGCCGUGGACAUCGUGCCGCUGGACCGCUACGACCCGGCGCGGGCCAAGAUCGCCGCCAACCUGCAGUGGAUCUGCGCCAAGGCCUACGGCCGAGAUGACAUCCCCGAGGACCUCAGGGACCCCUUCUACAUUGACCAGUACGAGCAGGAGCACAUCAAGCCUCCGGUCAUCAAGCUCCUGCUGUCCAGCGAACUGUACUGCCGCGUGUGCAGCCUCAUCCUCAAAGGGGACCAGGUGGCCGCCCUGCAGGGACACCAGUCCGUCAUCCAGGCUCUGUCCCGGAAAGGGAUUUAUGUGAUGGAGAGUGACGACACCCCCGUGACGGAGCCCGACCUCAGCCAUGCGCCCAUCAAGAUGAGCGCCCACAUGGCGAUGGUGGACGCCCUCAUGAUGGCCUACACCGUGGAGAUGAUCAGCAUUGAGAAGGUGGUGGCCAGCGUCAAGCGCUUCUCCACCUUCAGCGCCUCCAAAGAGCUCCCGUACGACCUUGAGGAUGCCAUGGUCUUCUGGGUCAACAAGGUAAAUCUUAAAAUGAGAGAGAUAACAGAGAAAGAAGUUAAGUUAAAGCAGCAGUUAUUGGAAAGUCCGGCUCAUCAGAAGUCUCCCUCCAAGUGGUACUGGAAGUUAGUGCCCGUGCGCUACCGCCGAGAGCACCUGUCCGCACGGCAGCCGCCCCACUUCCCGCUGCUGGAGGACCUGAUGCGGGAUGGCAGCCACGGGGCGGCGCUCCUGGCCGUGGUCCACUACUACUGCCCGGAGCAGAUGAAGCUGGAUGAUAUAUGCUUGAAGGAGGUGACGUCGAUGGCUGACAGUUUGUAUAACAUUCGGCUUCUGAGAGAAUUCUCCAAUGAAUAUCUUAACAAAUGCUUUUAUCUCACCCUAGAAGAUAUGCUGUAUGCUCCUUUAGUGUUGAAGCCAAAUGUUAUGGUUUUUAUUGCCGAGCUCUUCUGGUGGUUUGAGAGCGUCAAGCCAGAGUUUGUGCAGCCCAGGGAUGUUCAGGACCUGAAGGAUGCUAAAUCAGUGUCACACCCCAAAAGCAGCCGGCCCCCAGUUCCCAUCUCCAACGCCACCAAGCGCAGCUUCCUGGGCGGCCCCGCGGCAGCGAGCCCAGCCGACCCGCAGCCCCCCGCCCCGCCGCACCACCUGCAGCUCGGGGAGCCCGAGGCCCUGGGGAAGGGAGCCUCUGCUUUUAGCCCAUCACACCCUUUACUGCCACUGAGACAGAAGCAGCAGAAGACGGUGCAGGGAGAGGACCCCCCAGACCAGCGACACCGAUCCAGCUCCUUAACCCGAGCCGACAGUCAGCCCCGGGGAGCAGCCAUAGCAUGGACAGAGAAAAAGAGCAGGCCUGCGUCUCAGCCGGCGCCCUUCGCCCUCCACCACACUGCGAGCUGUGAGGACCCCGGCGGUGGUGACAGCGUCAGCCUGGCCCGCUCCAUCAGCAAGGACAGCCUGGCCUCCAGCGUCAUUCACCUGACACCACAAAACCAGCCCCAGCCCGCAGCCCUCAGGGCCGACGGGAGGAGCCUCCUGAGCAACGUUGACAUCGAGGACGAAGACGAGGAGCUCCUGGCCAUCGUGAGGACGGACGUGGCUCGCCCGGGCGGUGACCCUGGCCUGACGGCCGGUGCCAGGUCUCCCCAGAGGCUAGCGGACGCCUUUGAAAGUAAGCCCGACAGCUUCUUCCUGGAGCCGUUGAUGCCGGCCGUGCUCAGGCCAGCCAAGGAGAAGCAGGUGGUCACCAAGGAGGACGAAUGUGGAGAGGGGCGGCCCCGGGCCUUCACGUCCAGGAGGUCUGGCGAUGGCCACCAGCCUCUGGGACGAAAGAAGGUGCCCAGUAGUCACGUCGCUCGGGACUUGAACAGGACUUUCACCCCCAUCGCCUGUUCAGAGAUUUCUGCAGGCUUUGACGCCGUGCCCGCUGAGGUGGGGCCCCAGGUGGCGGGGGACUCGCAUGGCGGUCCUCUGGCUGGCAGCGGUUUUGACCCGUCAUCUCAGGGACAGUCCGCCGACGGCUUCUUCCUUCACGUAGGCAGAGCCGACAAGGACGCGGAGGGCAGGCUCUACAUGAGCUGCGCACGGAGCCCCGGCGCCCUCGGCCCAGACACCUGGGCUGUCUUGCGGCAGGACUCUGACUCGGACGUUGCAGACCUGGACGAGGCCGAGCAGGACUUUGCUGGCGAGGACCACCCUGCAGCGAGGGCCGGGUACGGCGGGGAGGAGGAGUCCGCGAAGCUGCAGGAGGACCUGAAGGUGAAGGAGCACGAGGACAAGGAUGACGCCAGUGGCCGCUCCAGCCCAUGCCUGAGCACUGUCUCCCAGAUCAGCAGCGUGUCCAUGGCCAGCGGUAGCGUGAAGAUGACCAGCUUUGCCGAGAGGAAGCUCCAGCGGCUCAACAGCUGUGAGACCAAGUCGAGCACGAGCAGCUCCCAGAAGACCACGCCUGACGCCUCGGAGAGCGGCCCGGCCCCGCUGACCACGUGGAAACAAAAGCGGGAGCAGAGCCCGAGCCGGCCAGGCGGGGACCACGCCAGCCUGCUGGCCUCCGAGCUGGUGCAGCUGCACAUGCAGCUGGAGGAGAAGCGCAGGGCCAUCGAGGCGCAGAAGAAGAAGGUGGAGGCGCUGUCGGCGCGACAGCGGCUGCAGCUGGGCAAGGCGGCGUUCCUGCACGUGGUUAAGAAGGGCCGGGCCGAUGCUGCCCCACAGCCACUGAAAGCGGGGCCCCUCGCGGGGGAGCAUGCCCAGCACAACGGGGAUGACUUCCUCAGCAAGCAGGAAGGCCGGGGAGCACUGUUGGGGUCUCCGGACGUGGACGGCGAGGGCUUGGCCCUCGUCCAGCCACAUAAAACCCGGGACCCAACCGGCCUCACCGAGCUGGAGCGUGGCAAAGCGCUGUCAGCGGUGCUCCUGGAGGACGCUGAGGGCGUGGACGUGGGCGAGUGCGACCUGUCCAUUGAGAAGCUGAACGAGACCAUCAGCACGCUGCAGCAGGCCAUCCUCAGGAUCUCUCAGCAGCAGGAGCAGCUGCUGCUUAAGUCCCCUACCGUGCCCUCACCUGGGCCCCGCAAUGGCUCCCAGGACCCCAAGGCCAAGGCGGCCAUCCACUUUGGGGAGCCGCCCUCUCCGACGGCCCUGACCAGUCACCGCAAGCCCCCUCGCCUCGGACAGGGCCGGAACGCCCGGUCGGGGAGACCGGCUGAGCUGAAGGUGCCGAAGGAGCGGCAGCAGGGUUCCUCCCGGAGCAAGACUCCCACCCCUGGCCUCGAGACCGCCCCACACUUGCGGUCGUUCCCUCCCCGGACACCCCCUGAGCCGGGCUGGGACGGGCUUGGUGAGCCCGGGAGCGAGCCUGCGGAGAAGUGUGUCUUCGACAGCUACCGACUGCACGACGAGAGCAACCAGCGGAUGCUUGCCCUGUCGUCCUCCCGAGACGCCAGCGUCCUUCCCGAGCAGGGGGGCUUCAGGGAGGGGCUGGAAGGCAGCGCGAAGGAGGCGGCGCUCAGCACGCUGACCGCGCCCGGGAAAGAGAACCUGCCGCUGGAUGAGCCCCCGCGCAGCAAGGCCAGCCUCAUCGAGGUGGACCUUUCUGACCUGAAGGCCCCCAACGAGGAUGGGGAGACGGAAGGCCGGGACUGCUCCGUGGACCUCGGCAGCGAGGGGGACCAGAAGCCGGGGGUCGGCUUCUUCUUCAAGGACGAGCAGAAGGCGGACGACGAGCUCGCCAAGAAGCGGGCGGCCUUCCUCCUGAAGCAGCAGCGCAAGGCCGAGGAGGCCCGCGUGCGGAGGCAGCAGCUGGAGGCAGAGGUCGAGCUCAAGAGAGACGAGGCGCGGCGUAAAGCGGAGGAAGACCGAAUCCGCAAGGAGGAGGAGAAGGCGCGGCGGGAGCUGAUCAAGCAGGAGUACCUGCGGCGGAAGCAGCAGCAGAUCCUGGAGGAGCAGGGCCUGGGCAAGCCCAAGGCCAGGCCCAGGAAGCCGCGGCCCAAGUCCGUCCACCGGGAGGAGCCGGGCAGCGACCCAGGUCCUAAGAGCGCCUCCCCCCCAGCUGAUAACCUGAGCCGGGCCCAGUCGGGCUCCAGCCUGUCCUUGGCCUCCGCAGCGACCACAGAGCCUGAGAGUGUGCAUUCGGGGGGCACGCCUUCACAGCGCAGAGUCGAGUCCCUGGAAGCCUUGCCCAUGCUGAGCCGCAACCCCAGCCGGAGCACCGACAGAGACUGGGAGACAGCGUCGGCCGCGUCCUCACUCGCCUCCGUGGCUGAGUACACAGGUCCCAAGCUGUUUAAGGAGCCCAGCAGCAAAUCCAACAAGCCAAUCAUUCACAACGCUAUAUCCCAUUGCUGUCUAGCAGGAAAAGUGAACGAACCUCACAAAAAUUCAAUAUUGGAGGAGCUGGAGAAGUGUGAUGCCAACCACUACAUCAUUCUGUUCCGGGAUGCCGGCUGCCAGUUCCGGGCUCUCUACUGCUACUACCCCGACACCGAGGAGAUCUGCAAACUGACGGGCACCGGCCCCAAGAGCAUCGCCAAGAAGAUGGUUGACAAGCUGUACAAGUACAGCUCGGACCGGAAGCAGUUCAGCCUCAUCCCGGCCAAGACCAUGUCGGUCAGCGUGGACGCGCUCACCAUCCACAACCACCUGUGGCAGCCCAAGCGGCCCUCGGCGCCAAAGAAGACACAGACUCGCAAAUGACCCCGGCACGGCGGAGUCUGCGGACGUGCCGGCUGGGUCGAUAUUUAUUACUUUUUUCCUUUUGGGUACGAACUGUGCAGAAUCACAGACCUUUUUCAAAGAGGCUUCUAGACGACAAGAGAAAACCCCUUCCUGAGCUCCUGGCACCGGGACGGCGGGUAGAGCCCGGGGCAGACCGGCCCUAUCAGUCCCAGCGGUCGCCCUGGUCCCCGCUGCACGGAGGCUUCCGGCCAGGGCGUGUCCCAGAGCUGCCGGCAGCGGGGUCCUUUUACUUGAAGUUCUUCUUCAGUGUAAAUUAAAGUGAUCUUUGCUUCCUCGCCUCCCACCUCACCCCUUUUUGCACAUGACCUGACCCCCCACUCUUGCUGGCUGGCUGUGAUCUCACGGGAUUACAGGACUGAGACUUGGUCUCGGGUCAGGGUGUUUGAAUGUCUGUAGGAAAGGAGUUCAUGGUGGGGAGUUGUUUUCAUUGAGAAAUUGUAUAAUAUUUAUUGAUUGUGUCUACUGCCAACGUUUAUAUCCAAUUCUAAGAUUUCUGAAAGAAAAAAAGAAAUUCUUGUUUCUUGCUGCUCAGAAAAAGUUUACUGAAAAUAGCAGUUCACUAAAAGCACUGAAAUCUGCAGUCUGUCUUCUGCUAGAAUAACGUUUACAAGUGCGGAGGGUUCUCCCGCCACGCAGUCACGAGGGACGCACACGGUACUCUGUUGGCGUCUGCCGGCUGGAGGCAGGUGAGCCGAGCCAACAGCUCUCGCCCGGUACGUUGGGGGUAGCGUGCUCAUGAUUGUUCACUUUAAUAAAGACAGAUUUUUUGCUAAAGUAGAAUAUUUUUUACUCUGAGCAUGUUUCUCUUAAAAAGGUGAUGAUGCACUUAAGCUGACAGUUCUUUCUAGUGUUUUUAUCACGUCCUCACUCGUCCCGUCCCGAUCCUGGCUUCUGGGCCCUCCGGAGAGCUUGCGGUUCUCCAUGUAGACGGAGCGUUUGGUCACGUCGCCCACUCAAACACAAAGUGGUCAUUGGCAGCUGUCCGGGAACCACAAGUCUGCGGGACGCUCCAGUCUUCCCCCCGCCCCACCCCGGCGGUGGGCCUGGGGGUCCUGCCAGCCCCCGGUGCUUCUCGGGACCAGACCUUCCAGCCUGGCCUGCACACGCGCCGCCUGUGCGACUGACCCGCUGACCUGACCGCCGGGACAUUCUGGAGUCACUUACUUAGUUUUGCACAUAUUUUUUUUUUCUUGGGAGUGUUACUUGAAUCUAUCUCAAAACUGCAGAAAGGAAAAAAAAACACUAAAGCUCGACAGAGAGAAAAAGUUAAGACACGUAAACUGGUAAUUUCCGAUAAAGAGGGGAGUGACCGCGUCCACGAGGACGGAGGGGACGCGCGGCCUCGGCCUGCCCGGCUGGGUCGUCUGUAAAUAGGUAGGCCUGUGCGGCUUCUCCAGUGCUGAGUGAACUUCCUGUUACAUGCUGUUCACACGUGUGCUUUAUUUCUCACUGUAUGUUUGAUAAUUAUAUUAUUAUAUUUAUUUUAAGAAAGCACUAAAAUGUAAUAAAGUAAUUAACUAAUUUGCUUUUUAUGACCA